GCGUGGUCAACAUGAUAAAGCGAAGUUGUCUGCCAAGUGAGUACUAUUCGUAACAUUCAGUAUCAUUAUUUUUGACUUACCUGAUAAUCAAGAGAGAUGACUUCACUUCUCGCGCCGGAGAUUUCACCAUCAGGUUUUUCUUUUGAUCUCUGUCAAAGAAAUAAUGCCUUGAUCAAAAAAGGUUUUGCUGCUCCAAAAGCAGUUAAAACGGGUACUACUAUUGCUGGUGUAAUAUACAAGGAUGGUGUUAUUCUUGGUGGUGAUACUCGAGCCACUGAAGAUACUAUUGUAGCUGAUAAGUACAGCUUGAAAAUCCACUAUCUCGCUCCCAAUAUGUAUUGUUGCGGAGCUGGUACAGCAGCUGAUACCGAAAUGACCACUGAAAUGAUAGCUAGUCAAUUGGAGUUACAUCGUCUGAAUACUGGCCGCAUUGUACCUGUAUGUACUGCUAAUACGUUAAUAAAACAAAUGCUGUUCCGUUAUCAGGGUCAUAUUGGCGCCGCACUCAUUCUGGGUGGUUAUGAUCUUGAUGGACCGCAAUUGUAUUGUAUUUAUCCACAUGGUUCAACCGAGAAGCUAAAAUAUACUACUAUGGGAUCUGGUUCAUUGGCUGCUAUGGCAGUUUUCGAGAGCAGAUGGAAGCCUGACUUACCGGAGGAGGAUGCGAAACAGUUAGUGGCGGAUGCUAUUCGCGCGGGCGUGUUUAACGAUCUUGCAUCAGGAUCUAACGUGGAUCUCUGUAUUAUUCGCAAGAGUGGUGUCGAGUACUUGCGACCGUACGACACCGCCAGUGUGAAAGGCGAACGACAGAUUAGCUAUCGUUAUAAGCCCGGUACCACAUCGGUGCUCACAAAAACAGUACAAUCAAUCAUCGUAGAAGAGGAGACGGUGCGCACAAUUGAACCUGAUGCGAUGGACACGUCCGCCUAAAAUCGUAAUCUAGCAUUUUACAUAAAUUUAAAUAAUAAUAAAAUUUUUUCAAGUCGAUUAUAAAUCAAUUUGAGGUUUACAAUAAAGAUAUUACUGGGAUU